UUUACAGCCAUAUGUUCUGCAUCAAUACUUACAAAAGAAAGAAAACCAGAGCAGAGUCUUUAGACUUUAGCCAGAAACUCUCUCUCUCUGUAAUGGUGGUGUUAGCGAGUCGGAGCUAAUCAAUCAACCGUUUGAUUUACAAUCCUGUUCGAUUCAUGUCUUUUUCAACUGAUAAUGGAGAUCAAUCGAAAAAACCCGUUUCCAAAUCAAGGUUUGAAAAUCUCAUCCGUCAAUACACACUACCUUUAAUUGAUACCAUGCGUGGUCUCAAUCUCAGAGACCGUUGUAAGACCACCCAAGUCCACGCUUUAAGCCCCCCAGAUACCUCCGCCGCUGGUAGUACCACCGCCAGUGGUUGCGCCGGCAAGCUCAACCACCACCACCACCGGCAAGGCAACCUGACUAUCAAUUCCAUUUUAUCGAAUUCUAAUGACACCAAUUCAGUGUCAAUGGCCGAACCUCUUCUUCCUUAUGGACUCCCCACAACUGACCUUCUUGAGCCACCCAUAGAUCCUCACCUCAAAUCCGUUGAUUUUGUGGAAAAUCUAGCUGACCUCUAUCGCCGUCUUGUGGGUUGUCCUGUGUCCAGUAAAUCAUCGAUGUGCCUUGAGCAGUACUCGCUCUUGUGCAGCCUUGGUGAUCCAAAGCUGCUACGGCGGUGCCUCCAGGCGGCGCGUCAACACGCCAUUGAUGUGCACUCCAAGGUUGUGCUCUCGGCGUGGUUGCGAUACGAGAGGAGAGAAGAUGAGCUUGUGGGUAUAUCGUCCUUGGACUGUGGUGGUCAAAUGCUUGAAUGUCCUAGAGCUGCUUUGUCAUAUGGGUAUGAUCCCAAUUCAAUCUUUGAUUGUUGUCGAUGUGGUGAAGACCAUCACAAUUUAGCCAGCAUUGAUGUGUCAAUUGGGGAUGAUUGUUUGAUUUCAGAAGAGGACGACAGUAAGGUUUGUUUCUGCAUUGGCAAUGAGGAUAUUUAUUGCAUUAGAUACAACAUUUCAAUUCUUUCAAGCCCUUUGAAGGCAAUGCUAUAUGGUAAUUUUAUGGAGUCAAAAAGGAACAAGAUCAGUUUUUCACAAAUUGGGAUAUCAGCAAAAGGAAUGAGGGCUGUAGAGGUUUUUAGUAGGACAGGAAGAAUAUUAGACUCUUCCCCACCCAAUAUGGUAUUGGAGCUCCUCUCUUUUGCAAAUAGGUUUUGUUGUGAGGAGAUGAAGAAUGCCUGUGACAGUCAUUUAUCAUCACUGGUUUGUGGUAUAGAAGAUGCAUUAACUCUUAUUGAUUAUGGUUUGGAGGAGACGGCGAAUCUUCUCGUAGCCUCUUGCUUACAGGUGUUGCUAAGAGAGCUUCCGCGUUCUUUACAUAAUCCCAAGUUCAUAAAACUAUUUUGUAGCUCUGAGGCUAGGGAGAGAUUGUCCAUGGUAGGACAUGCCUCUUUCUUAUUGUAUUAUUUCCUAAGCCAGGUGGCUUUGGAAGAGAGUGUGACAUUGACAUCAAACACAACACUAAUGUUGUUGGAGAGAUUGAAGGAAUGUGCAACUGAGAGGUGGCAGAAGGCACUGGCAUCGCAUCAGUUGGGUUGUGUGUUGCUUGACAGGAAGGAGUAUAAGGAUGCCCAGUGUUGCUUCGAGGCAGCAGUCGAGGCCGGUCAUGUUUAUUCAAUGGCAGGUGUUGCAAGAGCUAAGUGCAAGCAAGAGCAGAGGUUUUCAGCUUACAAGCUGAUUAACUCUCUCAUUUCUGAGUACAAACCAGUUGGGUGGAUGUACCAGGAGAGGUCUUUGUAUAAUAUGGGGAGGAGGAGGAUUUCGGAUUUGGACACCGCUACUAAAUUGGAUCCCACCCUUUCUUUCCCAUAUGAAUACAGAGCUGUUGCAAUGGUUGAGGAGAACCAGAUUGGAGCAGCUAUCUCCGAAAUUAACAAAAUUAUUAGGUUCAAGGUCUCUCCAAACUGCCUUGAUCUGCGGGCUUGGCUCUUCAUUGCACUUCAGGAUUAUGAAGCUGCUUUAGGAGAUAUUGGAGCAUUGCUAACUUUGCAGCCCAAUUACAUGGUGUUUUAUGGGAAAAUGAGAGGGGAUCACUUGAUUGAGCUUCUCAGUGAACGUGUUAAGCAGUGGAAUCUUGCUGAGUGCUGGUUACAACUCUAUGAUCGAUGGUCUUCUGUUGAUGAUAUUGGCUCUCUGGCUGUUAUACAUCAGAUGCUGGUAAAUGACCCUGGAAAUAGCCUUCUACGGUUUCGACAAUCUCUACUUCUUUUAAGGCUAAACUGUCAAAAGGCUGCAAUGCGCAGUUUGCGUUUUGCUCGAAAUCAUUCUAGCUCUGAACAUGAAAGGUUUGUGUAUGAAGGAUGGAUUUUGUAUGAUACCGGCCAUCGUGAAGAAGCACUCUCUAAGGCUGAGAAGUCCAUUUCGAUUCAGAGGUCAUUUGAAGCCUUGUUCCUUAAAGCUUACAUACUGGCAGAUACAACUCUAAAUCCUGAAUCUUCGUCUCAUGUUGUCCAACUUUUGGAGGAAGCUCUCAGAUGUCCUUCAGAUAGUCUUCGGAAAGGACAAGCGUUGAAUAACCUUGGGAGUAUUUAUGUAAAUUGUGGUGAGCUAGCUCUUGCUGCAGACUGUUACUUGAAGGCCCUUGACAUCAAGCACACAAGAGCUCAUCAAGGUUUGGCCCGUGUAUAUCAUCUUAAAAAUCAGAGGAAAACUGCUUAUGAUGAAAUGACAAAACUGAUAGAGAAGGCACAAAACAAUGCAUCAGCUUAUGAGAAACGAUCAGAGUACUGUGACCGUGAUAUGGCCAAUGAUGAUCUCAGUAUGGCAACACAAUUGGAUCCUCUAAGAACUUAUCCAUACAGAUAUAGGGCAGCAGUGCUGAUGGAUGACCAAAGAGAAACUGAAGCGGUAGAAGAGCUUACAAAAGCCAUAGCUUUCAAGCCCGAGUUGCUAAUUCUCCAUCUUCGAGCAGCAUUCCAUGAAUCAAUGGGUGACUUUGUUUCUGCUAUCCAAGAUUGUGAGGCAUCACUCUGCUUGGAUCCCAACCACAAGGACUCCCUCGAUCUAUAUAAUCGAACACGAGGCCAAGCUAUCCAUUUGCAUACGUGAGUCAGUAUACUUAAACCAAAUGAAGUUAUAGUUUGGGCAAUGCUGUUUUCAGUCUUGGAGGAAAGAAAAAAUUGCACGAAGUUUUUUUUUUU